AUGGAUAUGGCUUUUACGCACGUUUGUUUAUGGACGCUACUCGCCUUCGUGCUGACUUGGACAGCAUUCCACGUCAGCAAUAGGAGGACGAAGACAUCGACAAAGAUGGCGGAUGCAGCAGCGGAGGAGAUAAGAGAAGGUGAUGCUGACGUCAUCAUCGUUGGAGCUGGUGUCGGCGGCUCAGCUUUCGCCUAUGCUCUUGCUAAGGACGGUCGUCGAGUACAUGUGAUUGAGAGGGACAUGAGAGAAGAACCAGUGAGAACGGUGGGUGAGUGUAUGCAACCUGGAGGACGACUCUUGCUUUCUAAGCUCGGUCUUCAAGAUUGUUUGGAGGGAAUAGAUGCACAGAGAGUCACGGGCUUAGCAGUUUAUAAGGACGGAAAAGAAGCAGUCGCUCCUUUUCCAGUAGAGGACCACAACUUUCCUUAUGAACCUUCGGCUCGAACUUUUCACAAUGGCCCUUUUAUCAAGAAACUUCGUCAAAAGGCUUCUUCUCUCCCCAAGCUAUGA